GAAACUAUAAAUACAUGUUAAAGAUAACAGCACAAUCACAGAUGCCAGCACUCAUUCAAUGCAAGCUUAAUACUUUUUAUUUCUGAUUCCUGCAAUCUAUUCCAACGCAAAGGAACACUCCUUUAAAAAGGGCUCAUUUGUGGAGCAGCUCAAGUGCUAAAACCUUCUUCAGAGUUUUAAUAGGCCGUUCACCUGAAAACCAGCAAAAAAAUCCCAUGUCUCAGCCAGAAGAACCAGCACCGGCUUCUCCAGCCACAGAACUUGAGCCAGACAACCAACAACCUCCAAUUCAGUCUGAUUCAAUCCCUGCUCCAGAGACUCAACCACCUCCAAUGGAAAUACAGUCUGAACCAAUUUAUGAAAUUAUUGAGGAUCAGAUCUAUGAUGAGCCUACACCAGAUCUCCCAUCUGCAGGAGCCCAAACUAAGGAUCAAACACCUCGAGUUCAGACAGUCUUGAAUCAGACAAGUCCAGUCAAUGUAGUAGUGCCUUACCCGAUUCAGCCAUCUGGAGGCUAUCCAGUACAAAACAACUUUCAAACUGUAACGUCCCAGCCAGCAAGUCCUGCACCAACUCCUCUACCUGCAGGGCCUCAGCCACAGAAUCAAACCUUUCCAGGUUACACGAGGGUUCAGCGCAACUAUCCUGUUGGAGGAGUACCUGGAGGGGCUACUCUACCUGCAGGCCUCCAGUCAAAUAAUCAGCCACCAGUUCAACUAGUCCUAAUUCAGGAUGGUGCAAGUAAUCCAGCAACUCAGCGGGUUCAGCCAUAUCCAGGCUAUCCCAUUAAAAAUAGUCUUUCAAAUCCCUCGCUUCAACCAAAUGGUCCUGCUUCAACUUCUCCAGAUCCAACACUCCAGCGACAAAAUCAGCCACCACCAGCUCAACUAAUCAUAAACCAGUGUGAUCUAAAUAAUCCAACGCAAGUCCAAGCAUAUCCAGCGCCUGCAGCUCCACCAGUGAUUUUAACUUAUGGAAUACCACCUGGCCUUGAGUAUCUCACUCAGGUUGACCAGGUCCUUGUUCGCCAAAAAAUUCAGUGUAUAAAAAUACUCACUUGCUAUCAGCCUAGCAACCAUUAUGAGAUCAAAAACAGCAUUGGGCAAGACGUUUACCGUGUCAAAGAAGAGAGCGAUUGCUUUGCACGCAGUGUCUUGGGUCCAAUUCACAAUUUUAAAUUGCGAAUUGAAAACAGUACGGGCCAAGAAGUCAUCCGGAUGGAAAAACCAAUGCAAUGCUUCUUACAAGAGAUUGCGAUACAGGCUCCCCCUGGAAUAACUAUAGGCUAUGUGAAACAAGAAUGGUCCUUUUUGAACCCAAAAUUCUCUGUCAUAGGCCCCAAUAAUGAGGUACAGCUGGCAAUCCAUGGGCCCUUCCUUCCCUUUGACUGCUGUAGUGAAGUAAUCUUUGAGGUAAAAAGCCUGUUGGAUGGGCAGACGAUUGGUCGAAUCAUAAAAGAGCAAAGUAAUUUCAUAUCAACUUUCUUUGCUGAUGACAGCAACUUUCGCAUUGAGUUCCCACUGGACUUGGAUGUUAAAAUAAAGGCUGUACUUCUGGGUGCUUGCUUCCUUAUUGACAUCAUAUUCUACAACAAAAAUGGAACUUUAUUAUUCAAAUUAUUGCGGGGACUUAUAUAAACCACAAGCUAAGUUUCAAAAAUUAACUGCCCUUUGAGAUACUACAAAAAACUUUAUUUUUAAAGUUUUUUUCUAUAUACUUAUUUUAUUUUAGGUUUUUUUUUGACCUUUUAAUGUAUAGGACAGUAGAAUGGAUACUGGAGUGUGUGGGGAGCAAAGAGAAGGGAAGGAUUGGUCAAGGACCUCGUGGCGGGAAUCAAACUCAGGCGACGUGAGCGUCUCAGUGCUAUAUGUUGACACACUAACCACUACUGGCAAAUAUUUUUGUAAAAUAAUUAGUACAAUAAUACAAAAAAGUUGUGGUUCAUGUUAGUAUGAGCCUUAGUGGAGAGAUCUGCAGAAUAGACAGAAGAAAUGUCUAACACAUAAAGUUUCUGUCUGUAUAACCUAAAUAGCUUAAUGUUGCAAUAGUGCAAAUAUUGUUUACAAUAUGUAUGUGUUGUGGCUUGAAUAAAAUGUGAAUAAUGUACUGUAUGUAAAACAUCAUGAAAUUUAGCAUCUGAGUAAAAACAUAAGAACUGUUCCAUAUGUAUGUUGAAUAUAUGGUUAAAUAUUGCUAGACUGAAGGA